AUGUUCACGAAAGGGAAAGGCACUGCGGUGCCCUCGGACGGACAAGCUCGGGAAAAGUUGGCGUUAUACGUCUAUGAAUAUUUGCUACACGUUGGGGCUCAGAAGUCGGCACAAACAUUUUUAUCAGAGAUAAGAUGGGAAAAGAACAUCACUCUAGGGGAGCCACCAGGUUUCCUUCACUCGUGGUGGUGUGUAUUUUGGGACCUGUACUGUGCGGCGCCGGAAAGAAGGGACACGUGUGAACACUCCAGUGAAGCGAAGGCCUUCCAUGAUUAUAGCGCUGCAGCAGCGCCCAGCCCCGUGCUGGGGAACAUGCCCGCGGGUGAUGGCAUGCCGGGUGGUCCAAUGCCCGCAGGGUUUUUCCAGGGUCCACCUGGCUCCCAACCCUCUCCUCACUCACAGCCUCCUCCUAACUCUAACAUGAUGGGUGCUCACGGACAGCCUUUCAUGUCUCCUCGGUUUGCUGGAGGGCCCCGACCCCCUAUUCGGAUGGGGAACCCGCCUCCAGGAGGUGUUCCAGGUGGGCAGUCUUUACCUCCAAAUGUGAUGGACCCCACGCGGCCCCCAGGCCACCCUAACCUUGGACCAAUGCAGAGAAUGAACCCUCCCCGAGGGAUGGGACCAAUGGGACCAGGACCCCAGAACUAUGGUGGUGGAAUGAGGCCCCCCAACUCAAUGGGUCCUGGCAUGCCAGGAGUUAACAUGGGACCAGGAACAGGUAGACCAUGGCCUAAUCCCAACAAUGGAAACACAAUCCCUUACUCAUCAUCUUCUCCUGGCACAUAUGUGGGUCCACCAGGAGGAGCAGGAGGAGGAUGCCCCCCAGGAACUCCCAUCAUGCCCAGUCCAGCAGAUUCCACUAACUCUGGUGAAAACCUCUACACGAUGAUUAACUCUGUUCCCCCUGGGGGAAACCGGCCGAAUUUCCCUAUGGGCCCUGGUUCUGAUGGCCCAAUGGGGGGCAUGGAGCCUCAUCAUAUGAAUGGAUCAUUAGGAUCUGGAGAUAUAGAUGGGCUUCCCAAGAAUUCCCCUAAUAAUUUGAGUGGCAUGAGUAACCCACCUGGAACUCCGAGGGAUGAUGGUGAAUUGGGAGGAAACUUCCUUCACUCUUUCCAAAAUGAAAAUUAUUCACCAACCAUGACCAUGAGUGUGUGACCACUCCAAGACACCCAGGAGAAGAGCCAUACCGAGACCCAAGCAUGCGUGUGUAAAGGACAUUUCCUCAGAGAAGUAGAAAGGCACCUGAGUUCAGUCUUAUGCAAAAGCGACGUCUUAGAAGAGCAAAGCCAGUCUAUGUGCUCUAAAUCAACAUGGCCAACAAUUUUCUUAAAGACAAAGAACUCAGCCUAAGGAAGGAACUGGAAAUGGGCCUA